AUGCCACCUCAAUUAGCGCGAAGAGCUACUUCUAUUAUUGAUACGCGUUAUACUCUGAGGCGGCUGUUUAGGAAAGAAUCGUUCCGUGCUGGUCAGGAGGAAAUCAUUAAUGCCGCACUCGAGAAACACGAUAUUCUCGUGAUCUUCCCGGUUGGCCAUGGCAAGUCGUUGACAUAUCAAUUGCCGGCUGUAGCCACUGAUCAUGGCUGUACAAUCGUCAUCUCUCCACUGCUGGCUCUUAUGGCCAAUCAAGUGGAUUCUCUAGAAAAACACGGCAUCAAAGCCGUGUCUUUGAACAGUAAUGUCAGUAUUGAGGAUAGGAAAUGGAUUCUUCAUGAUCUAGCCUGUGGCCAUCCUCAUAUUCGACUUCUUUAUGUCUCACCAGAACUGUGUGCUGUAGACUCGUUUCGAAAAGUAGUAGAUACACUGUAUAAACAGGGCGAACUGAACCGACUCGUGAUAGAUGAAGCUCAUUGCUGUGUUGAAUGGGGACAUUCAUUCCGUGUCCAUUAUACGCAGCUGGGUUACUUCAAACAGAGAUAUCCUGAUUUGCCUAUUACUGCACUGACUGCCACUGCUCCUGCUGGUCUGAGGAAAGAAAUCAUCAACAUCCUGAAACUGCCUAAUGAACCAUUGCUUAAAGUGUUUACAUCCAACUCUAACCGUCGUAAUCUUCAUUACGAGGUGCGGUACUUGGCUGGCCAGGAUAUUAGAGAUGAUAUCGUCGAAUUCCUCACUGGAUAUUCCACUGAAAGACCAGGAAUGCCAAAUCACCGAUUGCUUCGAGGACAGGGGAUUAUUUAUUGCCGCCAAAGGAACACCACUGAAAUCCUGGCGGCCUAUUUACAAAGUUUGGGUUUCGGUGCCCGACCGUUCCAUGCUCAGAUCAAGUCUCCACAGGAAAAAGCCACAAUUAUGAACAAGUGGAUAGACAAUGACCCUGAUUACCAGGUCAUCAUAGCCACUGUGGCAUUUGGCAUGGGUGUCGACAAACCCGACGUUCGCUUUGUGAUUCACCACGACCUCCCGGCAAAUAUCGAAUCUUAUUAUCAAGGUUCGGGACGCGCUGGACGAGACAACAAAGCCUCACGAUGCAUUCUCUACUACUCACGAGCCGAAGCUAUGUCCAUCUCGGCUCUGAGAGCUCGAACCAUCUCCACUAGACGCACCAGGAAACAGCCCACGGGUUCGGAUAUCCAGUCUGACGACAAGGGAACUUUAUAUGUACGUUUUGAGAUGGGGGUCAUGCCUUCGGCGGCUGGGGCUCCGCCCCAGACCCCGCUGCUCCUCUCGCUACGCUCGAGUCGAGUCGUCGGGCGCCAGCAAAGUUGGCGAAGCAAGCUCUGA